AUGAUACAGACCGACAAUAUAGACGAUAGAUACGGGAUCGUGAUAGACUCGGGGUCUUCAGGUUCAAGAAUCCAGAUCUACACGUGGAAAGACCCAGCCUCGCUACAGAAGGGCUCUUCUGAUGACCAGAUUCUCAACUCGGUGCCGAAAAUCAUUCAAAAUGAGUCAUGGUCAUACAAAAUCACACCUGGGCUUUCGAGUUACGCAGAUAAACCUUCAAAGGUCUGGGAUUCGCAUUUCAAGCAUCUCAUCAAACACGCUGAAGAAAUCAUCCCGGAGUCACACCACGCGCAAACACCGAUUUUUGUCCAGGCAACAGCGGGAAUGAGGCUCUUGCCUGAGAAGAAGCGAGAAAAGGUUUUGGAGGCAACGUGCAAGAGUAUCAAAGGCCAUAGCAAGUUCCAAAUCGAAGAUUGUGCCAGUCACGUUCAGGUGAUAGACGGAGAAACCGAAGGAUUGUAUGGUUGGAUCGGCUUAAACUACCUCAAAGGCACUUUAAAUGAUUAUGACGCCACCAAGUCGGUCGUUGAUCAUUCCUCGUUUGGUUUCAUGGAUAUGGGAGGAGCUUCCACACAGAUCGCGUUCGUGCCGUCCAGUCUGGAAGAGCUCAAAAAGCACGAGGAUGACGUGUACAACGUUUAUUUGAGGAAUAUAGAUGGAAACGCCCAGAGAUGGUCGGUUUUCGUAUCUACAUGGCUUGGAUUUGGUGCCAAUGAGGCCAGGAGAAGACAUUUAAAAUCCCUCAUUUCGUCUUUGCCUGAGGGAAUCUCUUAUGAUCUGGAUGGUGACGGUUACAACGAUAUAAUCGACCCGUGUUCGCCCAAGGACAUGAAGAUUAAGCAGGAGUAUGGAGAUCACAAGUACGAUAUCACGGGUAGUGGAGAUUACGAGAUGUGUUUGAAGCUGUUAUAUCCUCUUCUUCUAAAGAACUUGCCCUGCAAAGACUAUCCGUGCUUGUUCAAUGGUGUUCAUGCUCCGCCAAUCGAUUUUGAGAAAGACAAGUUCAUUGGAGUUUCUGAGUACUGGUAUACGGCCAAUGAUGUGUUCCACAUGGGUGGUGAGUACAAUUUCAUGAAGUACAACGAGAAGCUGAAGGAGUUCUGCGAGAGUCCCUGGGAAGAUAUCCAGGCCAAUUUUGACAAGGGGUUCUACGGAGAUCAGAUUAACCUUCCUUUAUUAAGAGACUCGUGUUUCAAAGCUUCCUGGGUAGUCAGCGUUCUUCAUGAAGGAUUUGGACUGCCUAGAAUCGGACUAGACACUGACUACCUGGACGAGUCCAAGAUCAAGGAGAUCAACAAAGAAGCUGAGCAUGUGCCUUUUGCUAGUGCAAAUCUGAUCGAUGGAGCUGAACUAUCGUGGACUCUGGGAAAAAUCCUUCUUUAUGCGGCAGGGCAGGUACCUGCUGCUGGAACGGCACACUUCGUUGGAAUUGAGUCUAGUUCCGCACUUCCAGCCGCUGCUUCUACUCGAUUUGCAAGGGAAUCUGAUUCUCUUUUUGGUGGUAUGUUCUACCUGCUAAUACUGGUAGCUGUUAUUGGUUAUGCCAUCCAUGCCGGAUUUGUGAAGAAGCUCAAUCCAGCAGGAAAGUUUGCCAUGUCAAAAAUUGCAGAUUCGCCAACUGCACUUGCCAUCAUAGACGACUCGAACCGGGUCUACCAAAAACUAAAGCAAAAAACUAUUGCUUUCUACUACUCCAAACUGGCGCCACAAGAGUCACAGGAUGUCUACAAAGGGUCCCAAGAGUCUGCGAAAAUGGAAGAAGGUCUUGCUUCAAGUCAGCUGAAAGGAUACAUGCCGUCAGUCGGGAAUCUCAGUGGAAAUCUCCGGACGCGAUCGUCAAUGAUGAAUCUCCAACAGGGCAGCGAAGGUGACGACACUGCUCACAGAUCACAUCCCAGCUCUACAUCUCUCUAUGGCAACUUUAUCCAGACCCAAAGACACGGCAGCAGCUCCAGUAUCCCGAGUCUGAACCGUAAUUCGAGUUACGGAAACCCACCGUCGGAUUUCAUGGGCAAGAAGUACAAUCAGUAUCUUGCAGGGUCUAAUCAUAAUGUUGGAAGCAGCAGUGGUUCACACUUGGAUCUGAAGACUUUACGGAAGGAUAAGACUGUUGUUGAUUGA